AUGCGAAUCGCAGACGAAUGCUUGAAAUUUAUCCCGUAUCCGGAUUUUAUGUUCAAACAGCGGACUAAUUACCCACGUGAUUCGAGGCUUCUUAUAUCAGAAAUGGAACAAGUGCAAAUCUAUCAGCGGAACGUUUCGCACAGUGAAUGCUUAAAACAUACUGCCUGCGAGAAUGUGGUAUUUGUCAAAGAAUUAUACGAACAAUUGGAACCUAUCAUUGAUGAUCUUGUUGAUAUUCAAAAGAACUGUUUGUAUCCAAAUUCCCGUGAAAUAGAAAGAAGCAAAUUCCGUUGUCCCCUCGCUUCCUGGGAGUCCGCAACGAACUAUCUCCUAAUGUGUGUUCCAAAACUUGUGAGAGAGUGCGGAUGUAGCAGACAGGAAAAAGAAUUGCUCACUGAACUAGCCGAGAGAAGCAUGCCUAUCGCUAGACUUUUCACGCGGAAUUUUGAUUCGGUCUAUCAGGAUCUUGUAUUUGAAAGAGGAACAUUUGAUCGACAAUACUAUGAUCCUUCUUCUGGAAAGAUGAAUGGUUGGAACUUCAUGUGGAUGGUUGCAAUAAUUAUCGUUUCCUUCUAA